CUGUUUAACUAAUGACCGGAGGGGGCAGCAUACGCCCAUGCCUUGUCUACUCUGCCGGAAAUAAAGAAGACGAAGAAGAGAAUUGCCCACACUCGACGCAGUUUCUGGCUGAUCUACUGUUGACAACACCGGGGGAACUAUUUCAGCCGGUGUCAGCAGGGAUGAUUCUGCUCCUCGCACCCCACCUCCUCCAACAUCGCCUCCUCACGUCCUCCCCUCUCCUCGUCAUCCCCCUCCUAUUCCUCCAGCCUCUCCCCUGUCAGCCCUGACUCCUUCUCCCCGACAAGAACAGCGGAGUUUGGCAGGAGCCAUGGUGGACGUCAGUAAGUGGCCCCUGUUUUCUCUGCUGAGCACUGAGGAACUAGCCACAGUUCGCCAGGCCUGUGUCUUUGGAAUCUCUGCUAAUGAAGCCAUCUACAUCACACAUGGCAAUGAGAUAUUUGUGUUUGGGUUGAACAGCAGUGGUUGCCUUGGUACAGGAGACACUCUGAGCACCAUUGUGCCAAAGAAACUGGACUUCCUGCGGGGGAAGAAGGUCGUCAGCCUUAACUACGGCAGCGGACCCCACGUCUUAUUGGCUACUGAGGAUGGAAGUCUGUUUGCUUGGGGCCACAAUGGCUACAGUCAGCUGGGGAACGGGACGACCAACCAAGGACUGUCCCCGGUGCUGGUCACCGCUAACCUACAGAACAAGAAAGUGACAGAAGUGGCAUGUGGCUCGCAUCACUCCAUGGCCCUCACUCAGGAUGGAGAGGUCUUUGCAUGGGGUUAUAACAACUGUGGCCAGAUUGGCUCAGGCUCCACAGCCAACCAGCCCUACCCCCGGAAAGUCACCGGCGCCUUGCAGGGCAAGACUGCGGUUGGCAUCACAUGUGGACAGACCUCCUCCAUGGCUCUGGCCGACAACGGAGAGGUUUAUGGCUGGGGCUACAAUGGUAAUGGCCAGCUGGGUAUUGGUAACAAUGGAAACCAGCUGACACCUUGCCGCCUCAUUGCACUCCAGGGGCUGUGUAUUCAACAGAUUGUAUCAGGCUACAGCCACUGCCUGGCACUAACAGAUGAGGGGCUGCUGUACGCCUGGGGAGCAAACACCUACGGUCAACUGGGAACUGGCAACAAGAGCAACCACCUCAGCCCUGUGCAAAUCAUGGCUGACAAAGAGAGGAUUGUAGAGGUUGCAGCAUGCCAUUCAACACAUACUUCAGCAGCCAAGACCCAAAGCGGGCAGGUGUACAUGUGGGGUCAGUGCCGGGGUCAGUCCAUCGUCAUGCCACUUCUCACGCACUUCGCCGCCACCGAUGAUGUCUUCGCCUGCUUCGCCACACCCUCCGUCGUGUGGAGGCUCAUGUCUAUGGAGCACGAUGACUUCCUCACAGUUGCGGAGGCUCUGAGGAAAGAGUUUGACAGUCCAGAAACAGCUGACCUCAAAUUCAGCGUUGAUGGCAAAUGCAUUCAUGUUCACAAAGCUGUGCUGAAGAUCAGGUGUGAGCAUUUCCGGUCCAUGUUUCGCUCCCAGUGGUCCGAGGAUCAGCAGGACGUCAUAGAGAUCGGCCAGUUCUCCUACCCCGUCUACAGAUCCUUCCUGCAGUUUCUCUACACAGACACUGUUGACCUUCCACCUGAGGACGCCAUCGGCCUGUUGGACCUGGCCACCUCUUACUGUGAAAACCGCUUGAAACGCCUGUGUCAGCAGAUCAUCAAGAGAGGAAUCACUGUGGAAAAUGCCUUCACCCUGCUGUCUGCUGCCAUACGAUAUGACGCCGAGGACCUGGAAGAGUUUUGUUUCAGGUUUUGUGUAAACCAUCUGACUCAGGUCACUCAGACUGGAGCCUUCUGGCAGGUGGACGGAGCGAUGCUCAAAGAGUUUAUCAGCAGAGCUAGCCGCUGUGGAGCCUUCAAGAACUGAGCGGUACUCCUAAUGUUUUUUACAACUUGUAAAUUAUAUUGUGACCAAGUGGACGGGGUUGUGGUCCAAGUGUAGCAGCACCAAGUGUGCGCCACUGUUCCAAAAAUGUCAGUUCUGAUCACAUUCCUAAGAACAAGCGAAGCAUUGAUUUACAUAUUUACUGAAGCACAUGUUGUGACAUCAGCAGCAUCAUUCACAAGAUGUUGGACUGGAAUUUAAGCCGCAUUAUCCAUGGAUCUGAAUCAGCACUUUGGCCAAUUCCUGUUGAGUCGUUUGACAAAUUCAAGGUGGCUUUUUCUGUCACUGCAUUGUAUUCGUUACAUGCUGUAUGUAUACUUGAAUUUUUUGUUUUCUCGCCCAGUGCUUAUAUGUCCUGACAUGUCUUCCUUUACUUCUGGAAAAGUUAAUAUAGGAAGACCAAAAACGUGGAAGCAAUAGAAAACUAGUUAAAAGAAUGAAGUGAACUGAAAGAGAUCUUUUGUUAAAAGCAAGGACACUAGCACCACUGUAGUGAAACACAUCUUCGAGUUACAUCUACUUACUAUUUCUGUCAUUUUCAGGCAAAAGUAGCUCCUGGAUGUGUUGAACCUUUAAAUUCAAUGCAACUCUUGAAGCUGUUGAAUCACUAAAGACAAGUCCUAUUCAGAGGCGUCAAGCAUACACAGUUGAUCCAGAUCCUACUAUGGCUGGUUAUUUUAAUUGUUCACUGUUCUGUACAUUUUGUAAGUUAAACCAGUGUAGGAUUUAUAAUAUUUUUCUUUUUAUGCUCACGUCUUGAGUAUGUUCAUUCUGCCUGAUUUAAGUUUUGUUGUGUGGCACUUUAAGAAACUACUUUGCUUUUUCUUCAUAUUCAGUAAAGCAGUAAUGGUUCAAACGCUGUGGAGGGAAAGACUAGAAAACUGAGUCAAAGAAUGUUGCACUAAAAAAUGUUACUAGCACAUUUGUUUCAUUCCUUGCAAGUGUAAAAGUUGUAAAAUGUAUCUAAGACAAGUGGUAUGUUACAGACACUUGAUAUUUAAAGAAUGACCUUAUAAUCCUUAUUACACUAGGACCUUCAACAAACUCAACCAAGGUGACUGUUUAUCUGUUUGCAUUUGCUCAUGUUGUUUGGGCAAACGCAGAGAAACAAGCAGGCACCCAAACUCUAAGACCAAAAUGGUUCCUUAGUAAUUCCUUUUGUAAUCGAUCACUUUUUCUUCAGGUUUCUCUGUAGAUACAAUGAAAAUACACAAUACUGAAGACACUACAGGAUAUUACAAGCACAGUAAAGUAAAGCAAAGUUUUGUUUACAUCUGUUUGCUUGGGCUUAGGAUGACCAAAAACUGCCUGCAUGUCCUAGUUUUUACUUUCUGCUGCAUCAGCGUGAGGUGAGUGUUACUGAGCAAGACUUGUGAGAUCAGUUUCUGUUUCCUCUGUUGGUUUUCUAUUUCUUGAUGUUCUCAAAUGCUUGAAAUAACUUCUUUUUUUUUUUUUUAUUUGAUUUGAACCCCUGUAGGAUCUCUGUUUGUUUUAAAGCAGUUUCAUUCAGGUUAGAAAACAAAUACAUGUGAUGCAUUGAGUUUAUGUUUCUUUUUUAGUUGAUGCUUUAGUGGGAUGAGGAACAGGUUUACAGUCUUCUUUUUAUAUGAAAAGCAAACUGGAAAGAAUAAGAUUGUUUUGCUUACUGUAUUAAGAAAAAAAUAUAUUUUUAUGAUGCUUUGUUAAGCUUAUUUACAUAGGGCACAUUUAUAAAACUGCUUGUAAUUCAGUUCAAAUUCAAAUUGUAGUGUAAUGGUUUACUUUGAGGUGAUCAGCAUUACAAUGUUGGCAUUUGUAUGACUGUUCUUUUGCUGUGACAUUUUAUUUUACAUUGUUUUUUUUAUAUUUAGUUAUGGGAUGACAUGAUUCUGUGAAGAAAUAAAUAACUCUAAACUCUG